AAUUAUAUCACGUUUUUUCACCCACAGCCUAGGGUAUAAUCCAAUAAUACCAGGUCAUAUUAUAUACGGACUAAAUUUACCUGUUAAUAACGGCUAAUAUGUGUUGAUAGAUUUCAGUAGGUCAGUAAUUGGAGUUAAAAUCAGUAGGUCUACUGAAAAAUCAGUAGACCUGGUAACCCUGCAUGCGAGAUGUCAGUUUCUUGUGUUAUGGGAAAUUUUGGACCACUCACGAGUCACAGAUUUUCGAUUUGACAGGUGGUAUUCAGUAUUCAGUGCCGUCAGUGGUAUUAAAGAUUCAAGUAGAAUUUUAAAUAAAAAUUAAUAAAAAUAAAUUAUAAUAAGUAAAUACUGUGGGUGCUGGGUGUGGAAGGGAAAUUGAAAUGUUAGCUUAGAAACUAGAAACAUUCACAGUUCGCAUCACAGUACAUUUGGGUACAUACACUCAAUAUUGCAAUUGCAGUUAAAAUAAUUAGUGUUUAUGAGAUUUAAAACAUUCUGUAGAGUAUUGAGUUCGCAAUUUUAGUUUUCUAAACACGCUAAAAACCUACAAAAUCGGAUCACCAUCUUGGAUUGCAUAUAAACAAUGAACAUUGUUUGCUGCUGGACUGGUACCUGGGAACCUGGGACCACUAGGUACCACGUACCACAUGGAUAUAGAAUUAUUACCAUUGAAUCAAUGCAGUAAAUAACUUUGUAUAUUUUCAAUAUAUUUAUUCAGUUUCUAUGUCAAGCUAUGGAAUUCAAAGUUGAAAUUAAAGAAGAGUAUGUUGAAAACAACCAGAGAGAUAUAAAAAGCCAGCUGUCCACAUCCAUAGAUCUGCAAAACUUCAAAAAUGAACUAGAAGAUAAUUCAGAGAUUGGACUAAAAGCUGAAAUUAAGGAAGAAGUUGCAGGCAGUUGUCAAGGGUAUACGGAGAGUCAGCUAGUUAUAUCCCCAGAUCUCAAAAACUUCAUUAAUAAAGAAGAUGAAGAUAAUUCAGGCAUUUCUCAUAACGGAAUGGAAAUCAUGAAAACUGAACUUGCAUGCACUACAGAACAACAAAUAAGUGUAAACACUGAAGAAACAACAUCAAAAAAUUCAAUUUGUAAAUGUAAAAUUUGUUUGAAGAAAUUUAAGCAGGCAGUUUCUUUAAAACGACAUUUAAAAAUACACACUGCAGAAAAAUGUUACAAUUGCCAAGUUUGUUUUAAACAGUUUACUCGAGCACAUAAUUUGAAAAUACAUUUGAGAUUGCACACUGGGGAAACCCCUUAUAAAUGUGAAAUUUGUUUUAAGCGGUUUGCUCAAAAAGGUUACUUAACUGAUCACAUGAAAUUUCACACUGGAAGAAAGCCUUACAAGUGUGAAAUUUGUUUUAAGCGGUUUACUAGAGCACAAGAUUUGAAAAUACAUUUGAGAUUGCACACCGGAGAAAGACCAUAUCAAUGUGAAAUUUGUUUUAAGCGGUUUGCUCAAAAAGGUUACUUAACUGAUCACAUGAAAGUUCACACUGGAAAAAAGCCUUACAAGUGUGAAAUUUGUUUUAAGCGGUUUACUAGAGCACAAGAUUUGAAAAUACAUUUGAGAUUGCACACCGGAGAAAAGCCUCACAAGUGUGAAAUUUGUUUUAAGCAAUUUACUCAUAAAUGUAAUUUCGAUCAACAUACGAAAAUUCACACUGGAGACAAGCCUUACAAGUGUGAAAUUUGUUUUAACCAGUUCACUCAAGCACAAGCUUUGAAACGCCAUUUGAGAAUUCACACUGGAGAAAAGCCUCAUCAGUGUGAAAUUUGUUUAAAGCAGUUUUCUGACAAAAGUCAUUUGAAUACACAUUUGAGAUUGCACACCGGAGAAAGACCAUAUCAAUGUGAAAUUUGUUUUAAACAGUUUAUUAAUAGAUCUAAUUUGAAAUCACAUAUGAAAGUUCACACUGGCGAAAAGCCUUACAAGUGCGAAAUUUGCUUUAAGCGGUUUACUCAUACAAGUCCUUUGAAAUCACAUAUUAUGAAAGUUCACAAUGGAGAAAAGCCUCACAAGUGUGAAAUUUGUUUUAACCAGUUCACUCAAGCACAAGCUUUAAAACUUCAUUUGAGAAUGCACACUGGAGAAAAGCCUCACAAGUGUGAAAUUUGUUUAAAGCAGUUUUCUCACAAAAGAUAUUUGAAUACACAUUCGAGAUUGCACACUAAGAAAACGUCUUAUAAGUGUGAAAUCUGUUUUAUGCAGUUUACACUUAAAAGUUCGUUGAAUAGUCAUACCAAACUUCACACUGGAGGAAAGCCUUACAAGUGUGAAAUCUGUUUUAAGCUGUUUGCUAAAGCACACGAUUUGAAAGUACAUAUGAGGUUGCACACUGGGGAGAGGCCUUAUAAAUGUGAAAUUUGUCUUAAACAGUUCAAUCAAAUAAACCAUUUGAAAAGACAUACGAAAGUUCACACUGAAGAAAAGCCUCAUCAGUGCGAAAUUUGUUUUAAACGGUUUAGUCAAACAAGUAAUUUGAAAAUACAUAUGCAGGUUCACACUGGAGAAAAGCCCUAUAAGUGUGAAAUUUGUUGUAAGCAGUUUACACAAAAAAGUCAUUUGAAAUCUCAUUUGAGAAUACACACUGCAGAUAAUGUUAAUUUCGUCUAAUAGUAUGUACUUAACUUCCAACAGGCCUUCGACAGCAUAUACAGACAACAAUUAUUAAAGGAAAUGAAAAAAAUGGAGAUACCGGCAAAAUUAAUAAGACUAACUAGAAUGACAAUGAAAGACUCAACAGCAAAAGUUAAAACAAAUGAGGGAAAUACAAACGACAUCAAAAUAGAACUUGUGGUAAGACAAGGAGACAGUCUGUCAACGACACUAUUUAAUAUUGCUCUAGAAGGAGUAAUUAGGGACACAGGCCUGAAAAAGACAAUUAUUCAAAGCUCAACACAGAUCAUAGGAUAUGCGGAUGACCUAGGACUGGUAGCACGAGAUAAAAAAGACUAGAAGAGGCACUUUUAACCCUUGUAAGAGAAGCAAAGAGGUGAGAGGGUUAAUAAUCAAUCAGAAUAAAACAAAAUACCUUAUCAGCACAAGAGACAAUGUAAACAGAAUAACAGAAAUAAAGAUAGGUGAAAAUAUAUUCCAGAGAGUAGAUUGCUUCAAAUAUCUGUGGGUGACGGUGGACGGCAAAAACGGAAGGAGUAUAGAGAUAAACGAAAGAAUAAAAGCAGGUCAUAGAGUAUAUUGGAAAUAUCACCGACUACUCAAGGACAAGAACCUGAGCAAAAAGACAAUCCAAAAUAUAUAUAGCAGCAAUUAGACCAGUGAUAGCCUAUGGAGCAGAAGUAAUGUGCCUUACGAAAAAAGACGAAGAAAAGUUAAGAAUAAUUGAGAGAAAAAUUUUGAGAAGAAUACAUGGCCCAGUGAAGACAGAAACAGGGGAAUAUAGAAAGCUGAUGAACCAUGAAAUAAUAAAUAUAACUGAAGGAGAAGAUAUAGUAAAAUUCAUUAAAGCACAAAGACUCAGAUGGUUUGGGCACACACAAAGAGAGGGGUAGAAGAACUGAUCAGGAAGAUAAUGAAUUGGAGACCAGUAACAAAUAGACCAAGAGGAAGACCAAAAAUAAGAUGGGAAGAUCAACUACUAGACCAUAUAUCAAAGAUGGAAAUUGCAAACUGGAGAGAAAAGAUUCAGGUCCGGAGUGAGUGGAAGAAGAUAGUAGAGAAGGCAAAAAAACAUCACAACCUAUGAACGAUGACCUAAAGGAAACUGCGGACUAAUCCACCGCGUGUAAUGGAUUAAAAGAGCUCAUAGUAUUUGAGCGACCUAUACUCUAGCAAGAGUGAACGGUCCAUAUACAAGGUGUCCCAAAAGUAGUGGAACGGUCGAAUAUUUCGCGAAUUAAACAUCGGAUCGAAAAAUUGAAAAAUACG